UCGUCUUGUUCGAGGUGCAGAACUCAUUCUUCUACUCCCCUCAGCCUCUUCAACCCCCAUCAAUUGAAGCACUUUCCCCUUCUUUUUGUGCUGCAUCCCCACCGCAGACUCACAAAACAAAUACAGCCAAAAUGAUGUCCCUUCGCUCUAUUGCGCGCUCUGCGCCCAGGGCUCUGGCCCGCGCCUCCACCACAUCCACCAUCUCCCGCUGCCAGAGGACAAGCAACAUCCUCAGCGCCCGCCCGACCUCGUUCCUCCGCACACAACAAGUCUCUGCCUUCUCCACGUCACUACUCCGCAAGGCCAUGGCCGGCGAGGUGGAUGAGGAGGUGUCGGCCAAGCUGGCCAGCGAGAUCGAUUUCGAGAAGGAUGUCAAGCAGAACGAGCCCUUGCCCGCCAGCAUUAAGGACUUUCUGGACAACAGCGCGUUCAAGGUCGAGGACGUCCCCGGCCGGGAGGAUGUUGUUCUGACGCGGACGUUCGGUGACGAGAAGAUCACUGUCACUUUCUCUAUUUCCGAUCUGCACAGCUACGAGCCAGACAUGAUGGAGGACCAGGCCAUGGAGGACGAUCUAGAGGAUAUCGAGUCCGGCCAGAAUCAGCAGGAACAGCGGACUGGCGCCGCCGACCUUGCCGAGGAGGCGAACGAGGACCUGGAGGCCGGUUCCGACGAGGCCGCCGUCCCCUGCCGUCUCAACAUUGUCAUCGAGAAGCCUAACAAGGGCGCUCUCAACAUCGAGGCGCUCGCCCAGGACGGCGCCGUCGUCGUUGAGAACCUCUACUACUAUGCCGACCCCAAGCUGGCCCACAGCACCGACGCCAAUGCCGUGCACGCCGCUCAGGACGCCUACCCCGGCCCGCCGUUCGGUAGCCUCGAUGAGGACCUGCAGAUCCUGAUGGAGCGGUACCUCGAGGAGCGCGGCAUCACGCAGGCGCUGGCUCUGUUUGCGCCAGACUACAUGGACUUCAAGGAGCAGAAGGAGUACAUGGCGUGGCUUAAGAACGUCAAGGCCUUCAUCGAUGCUUAAGCGAAGGACUGGGAUACGAGGGGACGGGGAUAAACGCUGUGCGAUAUGAUUGUAUUACUUGCCACUCUACGGAAAGUCUGGAUGUACGAUAGGUACGACAGACAUGAGGACGUCUUCCUCUACACAUAAAACUGUCGAAAAUGAGAAUAUGACAAAUAAUGAACGAAA